AUGAGCUAUGGAAACAAAAACCAAAAUUACCAACCGAGACCACCUCCCUUUCCAAAUCAAUCACCACAAAAAACCUCUCUUGUGACCAUUGUUGAAAAGUUGGCCAUUUCACAAGAGAAAUUCCAAACCCAAACACAAUCUCAUCUCCAAGAAAUUGACAAACAAAUAAGCCAACUAGCCCAAACCGUUGGUCGCCUAGAGUCUCAAGGACGAUUUCCCUCUCAAACCGAAACAAAUCUGAGGGAAAAUGUAAGCGCGAUUACUUCACGAAGUGGUACCGUAAUUUCACCAGAGCCGACAAAGGAGCCCGAGAAAAUCGAGAAAGACAAAGAAGAUACUUCUUUGAAGAGUCAAGAAGAAAAAUCCUCACCUACCUCAGGAAAGUUUGCAAGGCAUGACAAAAAGGAAGAGGAGAAGGAAAUUUUGGAUAUAUUUAAAAAUGUAGAAAUCAAUAUUCCACUCCUUGAUGUCAUUCGGAAGGUGCCAAAAUAUGUGAAGUUUUUGAAACACUUAUGCACAAAUCGGAGGCGGUUAUCCGGCAAUGAAAGAGUUAACCUCAACGAGAAUAUUUCGGCCAUUUUUCAAAGACGCCUACCACCAAAAUACAGGGACCAAGGGAUGUUUGCAAUUCCGUGCAAAAUAGGAAAAGUCAGAAUAAAAAGGGCGAUGUGCGAUCUAAGUGCAUCUAUUAAUGUCAUGUCGCUAAGCGUCUACAACAAAAAUUCAACAGAACCAUUAAAAGAGACGCGAGUGAUGAUUCAAUUAGCUGAUCAGUCAGUUAUCUACCCCGAAGGGGUACUAGAAAACGUGUUGGUAAAGGUAAACGAUCUCAUUUUCCCUGCUGAUUUUUACAUUAUUGACAUGGAAAAUGAUCGCAGCAAUAACGGAUCAGAAAUCUUGCUUGGACGCCCUUUCUUGUGA